CAUGGUUAUCCACCUCGGAAGGCUUUCGAAUCCAAUCAACCUCGUGAUGCCCAGCACUCUCGCGACACUCGUCCAACAGCAGCAAAUGUUGACUUUAGUCCCUCUGUUGCCAUUGUCGAAAAAUCUUUUGAUACACCUAUGUUCACAAAGGAACAAUUUGACCAGCUGCUUUCUCUUGUACCUGCCGGUAAUAUGACUCCUCUAGCAAACGUUGCAGGUAGUUUCUCUAGCUUAUCCACUCAGUUAUCCAAUCAUUCAUGGAUUACUGACACGGUUGAUACGGACUACAUGGCUUCUCGCCCAUCUUUAUUAACUAAAUACCAU